AUGGCCCUCAACGCGGACGUCACGGUGUCCAUUGUUUUUGGCGUCUUCAUGGCCAUCAUAGCCCUUGUGGGAUUGUGGCAGGUGGCACACUACGCCGCACGCGGUCUUCGAACCCACGACCCUCGAGUCAACAGCUUUGAAUUGGAGGCGUAA